CAUACAUCACACACCACUUUGUUCAGUUUUCGGUACGCUCUAGAACUAAUUAGGAUUUAAUACAUUAUUGUUAGCAUGGUAAUAUAGAAUACAACCAUUCCUUCUUUAAAAUCCACAUUUUAGCGCAUGACAACACUCCUCUUUUGUUAGAGAAUAGCAUUAAUUUACAAGUUUUGUGGAAAUCGAUAAGGCCAGCUGCGCGCUGUGUAGUGAGUAUCGACUGAAUUUUGAUGCUUUUUUGAAGUGAUACAGAUCAAAUACUGAAGAGAUUACUAACUUAUAAAUACAACAUGGAUAAGAUGACAGAAGCUGCGAAAGAAUUCAAUGACGACGAAUCCUCCUCUUCGGACGGAUGUUCUACAGUAUCAGAAAACAGCGAUGAAAAUAAAGAACGUGGAAACUGGACAAGAAAGAUGGACUUUUGGUUGUCAUUGGUUGGUUACGCUGUGGGUUUAGGGAAUAUCUGGAGAUUCCCAUACCUGUGCUAUAAAAGUGGUGGAGGAGCAUUUCUUAUACCAUAUACAAUAUUUUUGUUCUUGUGUGGCGUGCCAUUGUUCUUCUUGGAAGUAUCAUUUGGACAGUUUGCUAGUCUCAGUCCUAUUACAAUAUGGAGAAUAUGUCCGCUGUUCAAAGGUACUGGGAUCGGGAUGGCCAUUGUUUCUGGAAUGUGUUGUCUGUACUACAAUGUUCUCAUCGCCUGGACACUAUACUUCCUGUUUAUGUCCAUGAGGACAGUUCUACCCUGGAGCACAUGUGGAAAUGAUUGGAACACAGAACAUUGUUUCGUCAAAGAUAAAGAUUCUAGCACAUCAUUCAAACAUAACCAAACAGUUACAAACUUUACAAAUUCAAAAUAUAAUUUACUCCAACAAUCUAGUGUUCUGAUGAACAGCAGUAGUCUGAUGAACAGCAGUAGUCUUAUGAACAGCACCAGCAUUUUGAAACAUAAUUACACAUCACCAAGCGAAGAAUUUUGGGAAAAGCACGUACUUCAAAUAACUGAUGGCAUCGAAGACAUGGGAGAACUGAGAUGGCAACUGUUUUUAUGUCUUUUGGUAUCUUGGAUACUUGUGUUCCUUUGUCUCUGUAAGGGUGUGAAAUCAUCAGGAAAGGUUGUGUAUAUAACUGCUACAUUUCCUUAUUUGGUAUUACUUGUUUUAUUGGUUCGAGGAGUCACUUUGCCUGGAGCUGUUGAUGGAUUGAAGUGGUAUCUCAUACCAAAGUGGGAAAAAUUAGCAACAUUUCAAGUUUGGGGAGACGCUGCUGUACAGAUCUUUUAUUCUGUUGGAAUGGCAUGGGGAGGACUUAUAACAUUAUCUAGUUAUAAUAAGUUUAAUAACAACUGUUACAGACAAGCUAUGAUGGUUCCUCUAAUGAACUGUGGAACUAGUGUUUUUGCUGGACUAGUGAUAUUUUCAAUCAUAGGAUUUAUGGCCCAUGAAACUGGUGUUGAAAUAGAUGAAGCUAUUAAACAAGGUCCAGGUUUAGUGUUUGUUGCCUAUCCAGCAGCCCUCGCCAAGCUUCCGAUAUCACCACUGUGGGCAGUCUUAUUCUUCCUGAUGUUGCUGUCUGUAGGAUUGGAUACACAAUUUGGAAUGUUUGAGACAAUGAUAAGUGCAUUUAUAGAUGAAUAUCCAAAAUAUCUACGAAACAGGAAAAUGCUGCUUACUGCAUUUGUGUGUUUUGUAGAGUUUUUAUUGGGAAUUCCAUGCAUUAUGGAGGGAGGGAUAUACGUGCUGCAGAUCAUCGACUGGUACUGUGCUGUCUUCUCUUUGAUGUUGCUGUCAUUUACAGAAUGUGUUGUUAUAGCUUGGGUAUAUGGUGCUGACAGAUUUUUAAGUGACAUCGAACUGAUGAUUGGAUACAAGCCGUCAGUAUGGUGGAAGAUAUGCUGGAAAUUUAUUACACCAAUUGUCAUAAUAGGUGUUUGGCUGUUCAGUGUAAUUCAGCUGAAACCUGUGUCUUAUGGUUCUUAUCAGUAUCCAGAUUGGGCAAUUGCUGCUGGCUGGAUGUUAGGGUUGGCUUCUAUCCUACCUUUACCGGCUUAUGCGCUAUAUGGAAUUCUUACAACUGACGGUACUUUAGUACAACGAAUAAGUAAGUUAACGAAGCCUAGCCCAUUAUGGGGUCCAGCGGUAGAGAGAUAUCGAAUCAAAUAUGAGGCCAGCAGGUCAUCUUUAGGUACAUCAGGAGAGAUAUAUUUCCCACCUACGAUCAUGUGUGGCGACGACGAUUGUAAUCCUGAUAGUGAACAAUGUGCUCUGUCCAAUACAAAACAUAUAUCAUAACAAAAUCUAGGAGAAUGCUGUGUUACCAAAAAAUGAUUGUUUUUCUAUUGUUUGAUUUUGAGAGACGGGGCACUGCAGAUGCCUGAAUUAUGUAGUGAUCAUAUAGUAACCACGGUUACGUUCAUAGUCAUUUUUUUUCAUAGUCAUAGUCAUUUUAAUCAUAAUAAUUUUAUUACCUUCAUAUUUAGUACAUUUUUUAUGCAGUCAAAAUCUUAACGAAUAAAAGAUCGUAUUUUUUCACAAUUGUGAUCCAUUUUGAACAUGUAUUUAUUAGGUGUAUACAUAAUAUGUAGAAACGAUUUACAUGAAAAAAAGCAAACACAUGAAUUACACUCAUGUCAUAGUUCGUCUACUCACUGCUCACUCGACCACUAGAUAGACUGUCGUAAUUUUAUGAAAUAUGUGAAUAGUUCCUUCAAAUUUUAAUGAAGACGUUUUUGACUCACAAAUAGUUUGGCCUUUAUCAUCACUGAAAAGACGUUUAUUAUCUGACUACUAAUGUGGUCCAGUAAAGUCAUUUUUGAAUAACAUUGAAAUGAAAAAAUACAAACUAAGAAGAGAAGUUUACCAAGAGAGAUAUGAUAAAGAAAUCAGUUUUAAGGAUUAAAAUACAUUUAAGUUAGAUAUUAGUACAUGGUCUGUAGUGGAUAUGGUAGAUCUAUGGUAGGACUUGUCGCACUUAUUUUGAAAGAAGAAAUAAUUCAUAUAUGAACAUUUAUGUACUGUAAAUCAACUUAUUUUGCUGAUGCUUUGUUUCUCGUUUAGCCCUUUCCAGCCAGCAUAGCUGCGGUUGAUUUUACUUGAUGUAGUUUAAUAAUGAAAGAUACAAGUUUUCCAUAUUCGCUACGAUUAACAUCUUCUGUAUUUUUCUUUUUGCAAAAAAACACUAAAAUCAAUCAGCCUUGUUUCCUUCAUUUUUUGAUAGAACAAAAAGACCGACCUGAUUGUACAUUCAAAUGCUAAUAUCAUGAUAUUUAUUGUUGGUAAAUAGAAGUUCUUACUUUAGAAUAAUUUUUUUAUUGUAUAUGACAUGUAAAAUGUGCAUAUUAUUCACAUGUUCAUUGUUCCAACUCAUUUGUAUUCAGUUUAGGGACAUAUUAUUUAACAUAAAUCACCAGUAGACCAAACAGAUUGUCAUCAUGACCACAAUGAAGAGUUACACGUGCAUCUUAUUUACGUGUGCACUGUUCAUCCCAUUAAUAUUCGUUCUAGGCACAUUUUAUUUGGUAAAAAUUACCAGUAGACCAUCAGUUGUCAUUUAUGUUAAAACUUAAUUUAUUAAGGUUAAACUUCCAAACUUGUUUUGAAAUCGUCCGUAUUUUCGUUUGUGCUAUGUAAUCAGAUUGUCGGUGAACCCGGUGAAUGUCGUGUUUUGUUUUUGUUUGUUUCAAGACAACAUAGCUUUUACGACAAAUAUGUUUGACGGACGAAAGAUGUAAAUAUAUAAUAAAGACUGUAUAUAUGAUAUAUUAGCAACAGCCAAAAAAAAAUCAGAAUGUCUUUUAACAAGUUAAACAUUUCAGCAUUAUAAGUUUUAUAAAACAUAUACUUUGUUUAAUUAGAAUACAACCUAUAUUUGAUAAUGACAUCACAACCGCAACGCUUUAAUUGAAGGGACCAAUAUUGUAUAUUCAUGUGCCAAUUUCCCACAUAGCUUAUGAGUUUUUAGGUUAGAAUAUUGUAAAGUGCUUGUGACUAAUGAAAUAAUAGGAUUCCAUGCAUCCUUUUUUUUGUAAAGUCUGAUUUAAUUCUUAAUUGUAAAUAAGAGAUUAUUCUACUCCCAGAUCAACACAGAUAUACAUUGGAAGCUUUGAAAUGUCAAAAUAUUAUAUAUAACAUUAACAUUUUAAUAGUUAUACAUGAGCUUUUCCAAACACAUACUUCGGUCUACAAUUUGGUCAAUGAUUAUUUCAAAUAUUCCGAUACAAUUAAACAGAAAGUUCAAUUUAUUAUUUAGAAUAUGUAAAGAAUAUUAUAUUUUUAAAAUUUCAUUUGAAUACAUCAGUUUUAGUUAAUAACCUCAUACAAAGCAUUAGUAUUUGAGGAAAAUGGGGGCGUUUUGAAUGUGAAAUUGAAUAAAGUUCGAAAUGUAUAACUUGAACAGUAUAUAAACAAAAAAUGCUUACUUAAACAUUACAUUGUUGAAACUCAAACUCGCAGUUAUAACACCUUAUUGUAUGAUUCUCACCAAUUCAUCGUACCGUUGUGCAAUAUACAUGUUAGGUCUUAAAAAUGAUUUAUUACAAUUUCCUGCGAUUUAAAUCCCUUACAUCUCUUACAAAAUUGCAUAUAAAUUGAGAGGCCAAAAUAUAACAAGAUGUACAAUUACAUUUGCCUUGACCAUGGAAUGAAUUCUAUAUUCAAGACUAAUUAGGAUAUAAUAUGGGCAUUUGGCACUUUACAAUAUUCUGCGUUUGUAAGUGAGGGAUAAUCCUUUUUUGAUGACUUGCUAACUCUCGUAGCUUUGUUAUGAAGAAAAGGUUUAUCGUUCUUUCAGAAAUACAUUUUAGUCAAUUAUCUGAAAACAAUUAGUAGUAUGUAGUUAUAGAUUAUUGUUGAUCAUCUCAACGAGAUUGAUUUUCUCGCCUGAGCCGGUACGGCGAAAGCGAGAAAAGCAAUCGAGUUGAGAUGACCAAUGAUAAUCUGUUUAUCGCUAUUUUACCUAUGACGACGUUGUCAAUUUCAUAUCAAUUUUGUUAGGAACGCCACGUGCCCCCUCGGUUUCUAGCGAUAAUUUUCAUAUCACUUGAGACUACGCUGAGGAAGAAAAUUAUCAGACAGUAAGAUCAAUGGAAAAUUUCGUAAAAUAGCGAUUUCCUCUGUAAUAUUUACCAAAAUAUAUUGUGUUCAAUUGAAUAACAGAUGAUUUUCGAUUGAUUAUCAAUCCCGAAUACACCGGACAAACAUAUAGACGGCCGUUUUUGUGGGAGUUUAAGUGAUUGUCGAUUUUCAAUAUGACAAUGCAUGUUCUGAAAACGUACUGAGAAUCUUGAUUCUAUAUUGUGUUCGGUGACUGACUUUUAAAGCGGAACAUUUUAAAAUCAGUGAAACCGAUGUGCUUUCAUUUCUUUUAAUCUAGUCAUAAAGAAUUUACAACAAAUAUUUUUUAUCAAGGUUCAAAAAGAUUUUUACUUAAAUUAUCACAGAUGACAAUAAACCAAGACCCUCAUUAUAUUGAUGAUUUAUUGGUUUACUCUUAAACUAUUAUAUAUAUAUAUAUAUUUAUAUACUUUUCAGUUAUUCUGUCCCCUUUGUAUUUUCAUUGAUUUUAUAGUUGCAUUGUCCUACAUAAUGACAUUAUAAUUGUUGUAUACAUGUGUUGUUGCAAGUGACUCAUGGAAGUAGAAAAGAUAAUUAAAAUAUUUUAUUUUCAAAAAAGUACCACAUUAAUAGAAAUAUUAAGUUGCAUACUAUGUAUUUUCUACCAAAGGGCUAAUGCGGUCUUUCGGUUCUCAUGACACUCGAAUUUGAAGGAAAAUCCAUAUAGACAUAUUUAUGUAUUACAAUUAAAGUUUUGAUCUUGCCUCCAUACUUAACUCAGAAUACAAAACGUCCUUUUCUUAUUGGAGAAAUUGAUAAGUAAAACUAAAAAAAUAACAUGCAAUUAGUUAUUCCAUGCAGUUAAUGCAAUGUUGUUGCAAUAGUGUGGAGAACAAUAACGAUGGCUAGGAAUGGAAUAAAGAAAACAGUAAUAGUUAGUUGUGAUGUUUGUAUGAAAUAAGCUUGCUCACCAGAAUGUGGUUUUGUGUAGAUGCAUAUGCUUUAACAUUACUUCCUGUGGAAGACAAUUGCUGGUAGAUAAUACGUGAAUUUUUAUGUUUUUUCUAGAUUUUGAAUGAAAGUAUAUGUACAUUUAGCAUUAAAAACUUAUAUUAAAACAAAUGUUCGACUA